AUGGGCAACAACCCUUCCAAAGGCCCGGUGGGCGACGCGCAUCACGCUCAUGCCCACCACAGCUCUACAAGCGAUCGAAAAGUCGCCCGUCGAUCCUCCGUUAACACAAUUGCAAUCCCUAAAGCCACCGCGGCCGAUCCUUCGGCCACAAAGGAGACAGCCGCUGGGCACUCGGCAGGAUACCAAGGAUCCGUGCAAGAGCGCCUACAAUCCCGAAAUGUCCCCGAAUCUUCACCAAAGAACAUAGAGAAGGCUCCGCCACAAGAUGCACCUCGAGUCGAGCCCUCCCCGAUCAAGGAUAUCCCAUCCCGCGACCACUCCAACCCGGUCCAGGUCCCGGUCUCGCGCCAUGUCCCGGGGCGCGAUCCUGUGGCACCAUCGGCCCCGCCCCUCAACUCGUACUAUAGCGCAUCGGCACAUCUACAACAUCCCCCGCGCUUGCCAUUGCCAAUUGGUGAUGCCAACACCACUCCUGGAUCGCCCGUCGCCGGCCCUGAGGACUCGCAUAUCCAGUCGCUCCCCGCGGAUCGCCUCUUGGAUGAACAAAUGGAUCCGAGUACUCUAGUUCCAGGUCAUACGACUAUUGAAGAGGAGGAGUUGCUUGAUGAGCUUCAGCCAUACACCAUCAGCGGCGCGGGGAAGGCCGUCCCGGUCGUUAUCGAAUGGACAGCGCCUGCUCAGAAGGUCUAUGUUACUGGUACUUUUGUUAACUGGGAGAAGAAGUUCCUGAAAAAAAAUCCGUCCGUUAUGUCCGCUACUUUGAACCUCAGACCAGGCACACACCACUUGAAAUUCAUUGUCGAUGGGACAAUGCGCGCUGCGGAUAGCCUUCCCACUGCCGUCGACUUCACUAAUCACCUGGUCAACUACAUUGAAAUCAGUGCAGAUGAUGCUCAUGACAAGGACUCCACCGUUCAGCCGGGAGCUCCCCUUCCACACACCAUCCCGGAUUCCUCUAAACAGGAUCCAGCGGAUACCGAGGACCACCCUCUAGAAAAGGAAGAAGUUGACGAAGAGGUGCCACCCGGUGAUUUCGGUGAUGCCAUCCCUCAAUUCCUCGCCGAUCUGGAUAAGGAAGAAGAUAGUCCGGCCUAUGUCCAGGCUGCCAAUGUCAUUGGAGAUACGGCUACCCCUCCCAGUCUACCUCUCUUCUUGGGUAAGUCAAUUCUCAAUGGCACGACUCCCAUGAAAGACGAUAGUAGUGUUCUGAACUACCCGAACCACACUGUCCUGAAUCACCUCGCCACGAGCAGUAUCAAGAAUGGUGUCCUGGCUACAAGCGUGACAACCAGGUAUAAAAGAAAAUAUGUCACGACUAUUUUGUACAAACCGACUGGCGAUAUUACAGAAUGA